UGAUAUCGUUUUUCAGAUACCUAUCGCUUCCAGGGCGAGAUAGAAGCAUACAACGACAUGGCCGGUGCUAGAGAGACUGCCGUUCAUGUGCAUCUCUACGUGAUGGCGGCCCGCAAAAAUUGUGGGGGCGGUGCUCAGGAGCCCUGGUCUGUCCGUAACGUAGAACUCACAGAUAGUCCUUCAAGUGAUUCGGUGCGCUACCUGAGCUCUCGGGACUGGGGCAUUCUUGGGGCUCUCCUUCCUGCGCUACCACAGCUGCAGUCGUUCAAAAUCUCGUGUAUAUCUUCUCACUCGGAGGAAGACUUCGAAACACUGUCUGCUGUGGUUCUGGACGCCGUAGGGAACCACCCAGUAGUGGUUCUGCAUUACGAGACUCCAAUUGAAGAACUUGAAGUCGUUCCGCCUGUGGGUUUUUAUCACGGGUGGUCGUGAAACUGGCCGUGCUGAUAGUGAUUGCUAGUCUGGAACCGUGACACCAUCUACAUGGUCUCCAAUGGAGCAUAUGCGAGGUAUGCUCUCGCCGGAUCCUUCCGUAGUGGGCCUUCCACCGCCGAUACUCCCAUCCGACUCCACCAAUUUAGACCAAUUUGACUCUAUUCGGAGUCCUUCGCGGACGAAUAGUUCUCCUCUCUCUUCUACUUCCUCCCCUUCUUCCUCUCCCCCUUCUUCCUCCUCCCCUUCUUCCUCUCCUUCUCCUCCCCUUCUUCCUCCAAUGCUUCCCUCACUUCUUUCCCUCCCAUGAGCGCAUUUAGUAGCUACCAAGCUGGGCUGAUCCGAACUUAAGCUUAUGCGAGUGCAAAAAUUGUCCCCACUGGGACGAGUCGCAGAGCUCGCACCAGCAAUAUCCCGGUUACUCUCACAAGUGAUAUACUUCGGAAGAUGAAUAGCAUACCUGUUGUAGUGAUAUCUUCUAUUUUGUGAGCAGAUAAUUUGGGUUGU